GUCAUACAGCACACACACCAUCCACACCAUAUACCGAAAGUGGCGGAAAGAAAUUCUCGGUUACCAGUUUUGUAAUUAUAUGUAUAUUUAAUGGCAGCAUUUGACAAAGUGAAAGUUAUUGUUGUUGGAGAUUCGGGUGUUGGAAAAUCAUCACUUACAUAUUUGAUAUGUCAUCAUCAGCCUAUUAACAAUCCAUCUUGGACAGUUGGAUGUUCAGUGGAAGUUAAACUUCACGAAUACAAAGAAGGAACACCUGAUCAGAAGACAUAUUUUAUUGAACUCUGGGACAUCGGUGGAAGCAGCAGUCACAGAAACACUCGUUCUGUUUUCUACAAUCCAACUCAUGGUAUCAUUUUAGUACAUGAUCUUACAAAUCGGAAGUCUCAACAGAAUUUGCAGAAGUGGCUGGCCGAGGUGAUAAAUAAGGACGGAAGUUCAAAAUCACGAGUUUCCAGUUUUGAUGACUUUGAUCCUGAGCAGUUUGUUGGAUCCACACAGAUUCCAAUUCUUGUGAUUGGGACAAAGUCUGACCUGUCAGAGGAAGUGAGGACACAUUCCCAUCGAAGAUCAUCUACAAUUGCAGAAGAGUGCGGUGCGGAUGAAAUUUUCCUGGAUUGCCGACAGGUACGUUCGCUGGCCGCUGGAUCAAGCUCUGCUGUGAAACUAAGUCGUUUCUUUGACAAAGUGAUUGAAAGGCGAUACCACUGCCGUGAUGGCAUCAGCCCAUUCUCAGACAAAAGGCGAACACUUGCUUCACUGAACCCAAAGUUCUAUCACAGUGACUGAAUAAUUUACAUGUUAACUUGAGCUCGAUAUUUUACUUCUGUGGUCCAACUGUAAAUAAAUUCCAUUAGUUUGGGCCAUUUAUUUGAUAUUCUCAUGUAUUCCUGUUUAUUUCUAAUUAUCCACAUGUGUUUUUAUUAGUUUCCAGUAUGAGUCAUUACUUUUCCUCCAUUAUAUACUGUGUUCAUUUUGAUAUAUAUUUCAUUGUUGAAGAUACCGUCUUUCUUCUGAAUUCCUUGUAUGUUACUGUAACAUAGAAUUGAAUAUAUAUUGAAUUUAUGUAAAAUGAG